GAAAAGCUUAUUUUCCGAACCUCGGAUGAAUUUUUAACAAAUUGUAUAGCACACCACCGAACCCAAUUUGCAAAGUGAUACGUUUCAUCCCGUUAGGAAGUUUCCCUUGAAAUGGCAGGAAACUUCUGGCAAAGCUCGCACCACCAACAGUGGAUUCUGGACAAGCAGGAUCUGAUACGGGAGCGUCAGCAUGAUCUGAAAACGCUCUCCGAGGAGGAAUAUCAGAAGAUCUUUAUGUUCUUUGCCAAUAUUAUACAGGUGCUGGGUGAGCAGCUGAAACUACGCCAGCAGGUUAUCGCUACGGCGACCGUAUACUUCAAGCGAUUCUACGCACGCAACUCACUAAAGUGUAUCGAUCCGUUGCUGCUAGCACCGACCUGCAUACUGCUAUCAUCGAAGGUUGAAGAGUUUGGUGUGAUAUCCAACUCACGUCUCAUCACCACGUGCCAGACGGUGAUCAAAAAUAAGUUCAGCUAUGCCUACCAGCAGGAAUUCCCCUAUCGCACCAACCAUAUACUGGAGUGCGAGUUUUACCUGCUGGAAAAUCUCGACUGUUGUUUGAUUGUGUACCAACCGUACCGCCCGCUGUUACAGCUUAUGCAGGACAUCGGCCAGGAGGAACAAUUGCUUACCCUUACCUGGCGGCUCAUCAAUGAUUCCCUACGCACGGAUGUGAGCCUUCUGUAUCCACCGUAUCAGAUCGCUAUCGGGUGUCUGCAGAUAGCGUGCGUUAUUUUACAGAAGGAGCUUAAAUCCUGGUUUGCCGAGCUGAACGUCGAUAUGGACAAAGUGCAAGAGAUCGCACGUGCUAUAGUGAACCUGUUUGAGCUUUGGAAGGGAUAUGACGAGAAGAAGGAAAUACAGGCACUGUUGGAAAAGAUGCCGAAACCGAAACCGCACCCGCAGCGGUGAUUCGUCGACUAGAGCCGUAUCAAUAUAGACAAGAGCCUGGCAUUGGAUCUAUGUCAUCUAUUUGCGAGUGUUACAUUUUAUCGUUUCCAUACCAUACGCGCGCAUCUCGAGGCCCCUCGUUAGCCAGAGCAGAACUGAAUUCCGUACUUGUAACCGGGUAGCUUGUAAUGAACCUUGUGAUUCCGAGACUUCGAGGGCAACACAACACGCAUGUAUCACCAUUAUACUCUUCAAAAUGAAUAAUAAUUUAUUCCACAUAUCCACGCGAUUUGUGUUCUUUC